UAUAUGGCUGCAGUUUGUGUUCGAAAAAAUUUUCGAGAAAAGAUAAUUUCUCAAGACAUGUUCAGCAUACACACGGGUUAAUAGGUUAGUAUUGUAUUUAAAUCUCAAAAAUUUAUUUUUUAUUAAAAAUGUAUUUAAUAGGAACUGAUAAAGUAUUGAAAAUGCGUUCUGUAAAUAUAGAAAAUGAAAUAAAAUCGGUUUGUGUGAAAAAUGUGGUUAAUUACGGUGCCAGCACCUCGAAAAAUUUUUACGUAGAUAAAGGUAAUUCGGUUAAGGAAAGCGAGAGAAAAAAUACUGAUACAAAAUUUUCUAAUACUAGAGACAGCGAUGAUAAGCUUUUGCUAGAAGCUGCAAAUAAGAUAGAUGCAAAUUCAAUGGACGUUCAAGUGGUAACCGUUUAUCCUGGUGAUAUCGAAAGUUGGAUUGACCGGUUUUCAGAAGAUAUCGAGUUUGAAGAUAUUAGUCAAAAUAACAAAACGAUCGGAACUGGGAUAGAACACGCGUAUCACUCUAAUCAAUCAAAAACAAAUAGUGAUUGUGUAAAAAUUUCGCGUGCGAAAAAAGUUCAAUCGAUUUUUUCGGAGAACAUCAAUGUACAUAGAAUAGAAAACAGCAAUCCAUGCUCCAUAAAUGAAUUUAUCAAACAAAACAGAAAUAGCAUUUAUGAUGUAUUUGAAAAUGCUAUAAGAACACAUACAGCUGUGAAGACAUCUUUAGAUCUAGUUACUACGUAUGAAAAAAUAAUUUUAAGCAAUAAUAAUGUAAACACACCCGUUAUUACUCAAACAUUUAGUAUUUCCCCAUUUAUUUUAACACCGUCGAGUAGUAUCUCCGAGUGGGUUACUACUAUUACACAUCUACUACAGAAAAAGUCCGAAGAGGUAGAAACUCAAGGUAGUGGGUGGGUAUUCAGAGGUGUUGUUUUCUUAGAUAUUAAUACUUUCAAGUAUGAUCCAUUAAGGGGUGGGUGUCAUUUUAAUUUACCAAAAAAAUUAUUUCGAAAAAAUGCAAUUGUAAAUAUUAAAUGUAGGGAGGAAGAUUGCUUUUAUUGGAGUGUGGUUGCUAGUUUAUUUCCGGUUCAGUCACGUAAUGUGGAUGUGACUAAACCAGAGUCGUAUCCACAUUAUAAUACAGUUUUGAAUACUCGAGGUUUGCGAAUACCUUUACUUCUAACCGACAUAAGAAAAUUUGAAGAAAAAAAUGAUAUAAGUGUAAAUGUUUACACUUACAUCGGUGAAAAAAUUACGGGUCCUCUACACUUGACCAGAAAUAAACGUAGCAACCACGCAAAUUUACUUUAUUUAGAUCAAAAAGACAAACCUUUCGGACAUUUCUGUUGUAUUUCGAACUUAGAGCGAUUAGUUUCCGUUCAACUUUCAAAACAUAAAUCUCACAAAUUUUUAUGUGAUGGCUGUCUAUUAUUCUUUUAUUCAGAAGCAAAACUACUCACUCACCAACUCGAAAACUGCAUGAAGGUUAAAACGGUUCUACCGAAACCCCCCAAACACAUGGUUAAAUUUCAAAAUUUCCAUAUGCAAUUCCCCGUGGAAUUCGUAAUUUAUGCUGAUUUUGAAUCAAUUCUAACACCUAUUGCUACAUGCGAUCCUCAACCUGAUAUUUCUUAUACCAAUCAAAUUAAUAUACACGAUCCCCACAGUUUUUCAUAUCAUAUUAAAUGUUCUUAUGAUGAAAAUUUAGAUCGCAUGGAAGAGUACCGGGGGGAUAAUUGCGUGAAGAUGUUUAUUUCUAGGCUUAGGGAAGAUAUUAUCCGUAUAAGCGACAUUUAUUCUAACCCUAUACCAAUGGAAGCGUUAUCUAUUCAACAACAAUAUAAUCACCAUACAGCAACAACGUGUCAUAUUUGUAAUGGUGAAUUACGCUUCCAUGAUAAGGUAAUGGAUCACUGUCACUUAACGGGUAAAUAUCGUGGUACGGCGCAUAGAGAUUGUAACCUGAAAUGUUCGGUUCCAUCUUUUGUCCCUAUAAUUUUACAUAAUAUGCAAAAUUACGAUUCUCAUUUUAUUAUUACGGAACUCGGUUUUAGUGAUGAUGACGAAGGAAUUGAAGUUAUAGCUAAAACCAAUGAAAAAUAUAUGUGUAUAAAAAAAACUGUAAAAACGACAAAUAACAACCGGAUAACUAUUAAAUUUAUAGACUCAUUAAAUUUUUUACCAUCAUCAUUGGAAUAAUUAGCUGAAAC